AGACAAACACAAACAUCGCAUCGCAAAAAAUAAAGGCAGCUCAGCUCAUCCGUCGUUGUUUUUCCGUAUCGUCGCAAAAAAGUGUUCUUGUCUGAAAGUUUUGGCCGAAAUAGCCAUCAAAUCAGUGCGAAAUAGUGCAAAUCUGGCCAUUUCAAGUGCGAUAAAGUGACUUAUGCAAGAUAUCGUGCCGUACGCCCCGUGAACCCAGUGAAAUCUAUCGAAACAAAGCAAAAAUAUUCUGCCCCAUCGUUUGCCUUCCAUCGGGAGAAACCAUUUUGAGCCUACACAGAAAAGAACGUUCAUUUCAUCAGCUGUUUGCAGCCCCCGUCGGAUGAUUUUUCUCUCGUACUGAUUGUGCAAAGUAGUGGCAAAUUCGUCACCGAUAAACGGACGGAGCGCAGGAACCAGGGGGAGCAGAAGGAGCACGCUGCUGCAAAUCGCAAGUCUAUCAUUCUAACAAAGCAGUAUCAGUCAGUUAUCAACGGUAGAAUACAAUAAACCAUUCAUUCCCUAGACACACGUGUCUAAAAUAAAGAUAAACACCUAGAAUGAGCCUCUCGUCACGGGCUGACAUCGAUGAGGGUGGAUUCUUUGUCAAUUUCAACCAGGAUUGCUCUUCCCUGGCAGUUGGAUCCAAAAAUGGGUACAGUCUGUUUGCGCUGAAUUCCGUCGACGAGAACCUCGAUCAGAUCUACUCAAGCUAUGGGGAGGAAAUUUGCCUAGUCGAACGUCUCUUCACCAGCUCGCUGGUUGCCGUCGUCUCACUGUCCGCGCCCCGAAAGCUGAAAGUAUGUCACUUCAAGAAGGGCACCGAAAUCUGCAACUACUCGUACUCGAACACGAUCCUGGCGGUGAAGUUGAACCGAUCCCGACUGGUCGUGUGCUUGGAUGGUAGUCUCUAUAUUCACAACAUUCGCGAUAUGAAGGUGGUUCACACGAUCCGAGACACCCCGCCGAACAAAACCGGUCUGUGUGCGCUGGCUUCGGACUCGGACCACUGCUAUCUGGCCUAUCCGGGAAGUGCCACAGUAGGUGAAGUCCAGAUUUUCGACGCCGUAAAUUUACAUGCCAAAACAAUGAUCUCCGCUCACGAUUCGCCCCUGGCUGCAAUUGCGUUCAGCCAGGCCGGUACCGAAGUUGCCACGGCCAGUGAGAAAGGCACAGUGAUUCGGGUGUUCUCUGUCAACGACGGCUCGAAGCUGUUUGAAUUCCGCAGGGGCGUCAAGCGGUGCGUUUCCAUUGCCUCGUUAGCGUUUAGCACCUGUUCGAAAUAUUUGUGCUGCAGUUCCAACACGGAAACGGUUCAUAUUUUUAAACUAGAACGGACGUCCCCGGACACCAACGAUGACCAAGGCAACAGGGACCACUGGAUGGGAUACAUCAGCCGAGCGGUGACAAGCUAUCUGCCGCUGGCUCUGCCCUCGCAAGUGACGGACGUAUUCACGCAGGGUAGGGCGUUUGCUUCGGCCGUGCUUCCGGUGGCUGGACUCAGACAUUCCUGUGUUAUUGCUACAAUCCAGAAAACGUUAAGACUUUUGGUAGCAUCGCAAGAUGGCUAUCUGUACGUGUAUCAGCUUCCGACGGAGGGCGGUGAGUGCCAGCUCCUUAAGAAGCACGAUCUCCGAACCGUAGAACCAGCGAGUACCACCCGGCCAGAAUCUCUGCCCAUCGGUAUUCCGAGCGUUUCCCCACUGGGUGGUGUUGGCAGCUAUGCGGCCGCCGUCAAAAGUGGGGCAGCCUCUGGUGGGAGUAGCGGUGGCCAGCCGACGAGUGCCCAUGCUUCCGCCGGGGGAUCGACCGAGGCCGACCAGCAGCAAUAGAGGAGAACGGGGAUGGGGAUGGGCAGCAAGUUGAGAGACAAAGCAGUUGUGGCGGUUCCGCGUCUUCUAGGUUGUAAGUGUUUGACGGCUUUUUUCUAUGCAGGAUAUUAUGAGAUAUGAAUAGUACUGAUUCGAAGUACACCGGAAUUAAGCAAAUAAUCCAGAAUGUAACAUAGUUUUUAAAGUUAUUUUUAAUUUAUAUAGUCCCCUGGACGAAACUGUGUUUUGGAAAGGUGAAAAUUUUAACACAAUUCGAAAUUAUGGAAAUAAAAUGCAAUUCUUUAAUAUUGCGCGA